GCCUUCUUUCCCUUGGACAAUUUCAAUGAUUCCCAAGUCUUAUUCUUCUGUAGUGACCCCAUCUCUUCUACAUCCCUAUAAGACAAUGGAUCUCCACUACUGGUUAUGAGAGCAAGACUAACCAUAUCUUCAAAGCCAUAUCUUUGUGGUACCUCCUACGCCAUGUUGAGCAAGGAAAUUGAGGAGAAGACACAUGAACUGAGAGGAGAAAAGCUCCUUGGAAUGGAUAUAGAAGAAUUACAGAAACUAGAGAAAAAGCUUCAAGUAGGCCUGAGCUGUGUUAUAGUAACAAAGGGUGAAAGAUUUCUGGAAGAGAUCACUGCCCUUAAGCAAAAGGGAGCCGAACUGAUGGAAGAAAACCAACGACUAAAACAGAUGGAGAAUUUGUUUAGUACUCAAACACAUGUACUUGAACAAGGUCAGUCAUUUGAGUCAAUCACCAACAUUUGCAGCUCAUUUGAUCCUCAAGACAAUGACAGUUCAGACAUAUCUCUCAAGUUGGGGCUACCUUUUCCUAAAUGAAUUUGAAGUAUAGUGAAGAUCAAGAAGCAUACAUGGAUUCUCUUUU